AAGUUUCUAUAGAGAUCCCUUGGCUGAGCUGCGAUGCAUGGAUGACAUGGAAACUGAGACUCCCAGCCUGACUGAAUCUAAUGUCAACGACGAUACAACUUUUCAAACCCCACAAGUUGUGUCUAAACAGACUCGACUAGCUGGCCAAAGCAGCAGCCAAAACCACCUUGGACUGAAAAACCCAGGGCUGAUGUGUUACAUGAACGCGUCCCUGCAGGCUUUGGCGGCUGCUGAGCCUUUCCGCAGCUACCUGAUUGAGGCUAAUAUUACCCGCGAGGAGAGCAAGGAGGUGUACAACAUCGCAUUAGUCAUUGAGAAUAUUCCGGCUGCCAAGCCUGUUAAGGAGAAACGUGUCAAACCAGAGUAUUUGUGGACCAUGAAUCGGACACAAUUCAACCUGCAUAAUGACGUGCAGCAAGACGCGCAUGAGUAUAUAACUCGAUUGAUUACACUGCUAGAUGAUGAGCUGCAGAAAUUCCGAGACAAAAACCUGAGUGAGGACCUGUUCUACUCAACCUGCCUCAUGCUACCCUCUUUCUGCGAAGGCGCGUGCAAGAGAAACGUAACACCGAUCGCCAGCAAAGUGAAGCAGGUGAUUUUGAUGCUGGAUAUCCCAGAAGCGCAGAACGAUGAGAAUGAUCAAUCUAUAACAGUGCAGGACUUGAUCGACGAAAGCCUAAAGACAAAAAUUGAGAACCGUUGCUGCAGCUUGUCCGUCACUGUUUUCUCUAUUUUCACCCAGCUACCUAAAGUGUUGAUCGUCUGCCUGAAAAGAUACACCACCGCAGAGAAGAAGAUAGAUCGCUACAUCACGGCCUCGUCUGAUUUGGUGCUCUCUGAGUUUCGCUGUGACGAAGGGAAGAUCAAGGAGUUCACAUCGAACAAACACAGCAGGGAGAAAUCAACCCGCUUGGGCCACCUCAAAAAAAAGUACAAGCUGGUGGGGAUUGUGAACCACAUUGGGACCUCAGUGAAAAGUGGUCACUACAAAGCUGGAGUUUUCAACGCGGGUGAAGGAGCUUGGUAUGAGGUUAAUGACGAGAAAGUAACUUUGACCGACAUGUCCUCAAUGAUUUGUAAUUCGGCCAAAUCGUGCUAUCUACUGGUCUACGUGGUUGUGGAAGGCGUUGGAGAGCGCGUCAGGUCCCUCACUAUCAACUCAGGUGGAUCGUCGGAGGAGAAAUCAAGUGUCUGAUAUUUGUUUCAAUUCCAGUUACCACCCAGAAUAUGACUAUAGCAAUUGCAAUUGCAUUACAA